AUGGGGAGAAGCGCAUGGAGCUGCGGUGCCGUGAUCCUGCUGGCCAUCAUUUGCUGGUGUCGUGCCGCCACUCUGGAGUCCAUCCACUGGACGAGUUCCAAUGCAAAGUUUACUCCAGGUCAGGGUCUGAUCCUGUAUCCUCAGAUAGGGGACAAGAUGGACAUUGUGUGUCCCCGGGCAGACGCUUCCUCGGGGGGGAGCGAGGAGUUCUACAGAGUGUACCUGGUCUCCCGAAGUCAGAUAGAGAGCUGCACCAUCGAUAAGACGGAUACACCCCUGCUGAACUGUGACAAGCCUCACCGGGAUGUCAAGUUCACAUUCAAGUUUCAGGAGUUCAGCCCCAACCUGUGGGGUCUGGAGUUUCUCAAGGGGAGGGACUAUUAUAUCACCUCCACUUCUACAGGGGCUCUGCAAGGUCUGGAUAACACCAAUGGAGGGGUGUGCAGAACUAAAUCCAUGAAGCUGGUGCUGAGAGUCGGCCAAAGCUCCUCAGACCCACCUUCAACACUCCAGGAGUCCCCCACCAGAUUCCCACCCACACGACCAAAGCCCAAGGCCAAGGACACCUCUGCAAAAGAAAAUGCCGCAGGAUCAGAAACAGGACAAACAAACCCCAGCGGCGGCUCUGAGUCAGGACUGUUCAUGUGGGUUUUCUCUGGCUGUGCGAUCCUCCUUCUGGUCAUCAUAGUUCUGCUGGCCCUGCUGUGGAGGUACCAUCACCGUCACUGUGUCCCUGAGAGCCAGCAGUCAGCCUCCGUGUCCCUCAACACUUUGGCUGUGCCGAAGCGGGACAGCAUCAGCAGCGACAACAACGGCUCAGACCGCAGUGAUGUUGUCUUUCCUCUGCGAGCUUCUGACAGCAUGGUGUGCCGUCACUACGAGCGUGUGAGCACCGACUAUGGGCCCCCUGUGUACAUAGUUCAGGAGAUAACGCCGCAGACUCCCACCAACAUCUACUACAAAGUCUAG